GUCAACAAAGGCACGUGAUUCCCGAGCGCUCUCCCAUAUUUGGCCGCAUACCUGGCAAAGUACAGUAGGGCUUCAUUGCUUAUAAUUCAUGAUUGCGUCCAUAAAUCGUGCAAGCACACAGGAUUAUAGCGACAAAGAUCUACAAAUCGAGGCUUUAAAAAUCCAAGCAAAUGAGCUCUUACUUUGUAAACUCGUUCUCAGGGCGCUAUCCAAAUGGCUCCGACUAUCAGUUACUAAAUUAUGGGACUAACGGCGCUGUGAGCGGCUCCUUCAGAGACCCUGGCACCAUGCACUCCGGGUCUUUCGGCUACAACUACAAUGGCAUGGACCUAACCGUGAACCGCAACAACACCGGCGGCCACUUCGGCGCCGUGCGGGAGGACGCCCGGGGAUUCGCGCCGGACGCCCGCUACAGACAGACGCCCAACUGCUCGCUCUCGUCCCCGGAUCCGGUGCCGCCUUCGUGCGCCACGGCCGGCCGGGAUCCGCUGGAGCUCAAGAGCCCCUCUCCCCCCUCUGACCGGAGCGCGACCUCUUCAUCGGGUGGCAACAGCCUCGGCAAAGCCGGGGGCGCGCACUUCGCGGAGAUAGAGGACGCAGCGGCAGCAGCAGCAGCAGCCGCCGCCGCCGCCGCCGCCGUCGCUGCCGAGACCGAGGAAGGCGCGCACAGCAGCGGCGGCGGUGGCGGCGGAGUCUCCGGCGCGGCAUCCAGGGCGCAGCAGCAACAGCAGCAGCAGCAGCAGCACCAGGAACCCAACGCCACCUCCUCCACUCCCACACCAAAUGAGUGCCAAACGCCACAAAUAUUCCCCUGGAUGCGGAAACUGCACAUAAGCCAUGAUAUGACUGGACCUGACGGGAAAAGGGCCCGAACCGCGUACACCCGCUACCAGACGCUAGAGCUGGAGAAAGAGUUUCACUUCAAUAGGUACCUAACCAGACGGCGGAGGAUAGAGAUAGCCCACGCCCUGUGUCUUUCCGAGAGACAGAUCAAAAUCUGGUUUCAGAACCGCAGGAUGAAGUGGAAGAAGGACAAUAAGCUGAAAAGUAUGAGCCUUGUGACGGGAGGCAGCGCCUUCCACAACUGAGCAACUUUUUUCUUUUUGCUUUGUUUUUGGGAGGCAAGGGUACAACAACAACAACAACAACAACAACAAAAAAGGAACAAACAAAAAACAAAAGAAAAGUGUUAAUAAUAUCCCCCCCAAAAAGAGAGAGAAAAAUGAUGAGUACUGUAAAGCUUUUGAAAGCGCAGCACCUUCCAGCAUGCCAUUGUGAUAGAAAAAAAAAAAAAAAAAGAAGAAGUAUUCUGUGGUCUUAAAAUGCCAUUUUUAGUUUACUGUUGUUGUACUAUCAUAGCUUAGAUGUCCUAUUUGGGGUUGGGGAGGUAAAAAAAAAAAAAAGAAUAAUAAGAUGUAAAUAUCAUUCUGGGAAUUUGUCUCUCUUUCUGUCUCUUCUGUCUCUUAGAGUUGAGCUCUUUAUUGUAACUUCUUGACGGUCUAACAGGAGUAAAGAAAAUCAUUGUACAGUUAAAGAAGAAGAAGAAGAAAAAAAAAAUCCCAAACCAUAUGCUGCUCUUCAUUGAAUGUAAAGCGCUUUUAGUGAUGGUUAUUUGUGGCCAAAAUCCAUAGAAAAGUUUCAUAAGCAAGCCAAUGUGUAGCUCUAUAGGAUACGUUGUGCGUUUUUUUUUUAAAAAAAAAAAAGAUUAUUACUAUUAUUAUUAUUAUUAUUAUUCUAAUUAUUCUAAUUAUUAUUGUUUAGAAUAACAAGCAAUGCAAGUGUAUUCAACCUGUCAAUGUGAUGAAUUUUUAGUGCAAAGGGUUAUUCUGUGGAUAUAGGCAGUGAUGUGAGCUUUUUGGAGCUUUUUGUAUUUGUACGUGAACUCAUAGCGCUUGAAAAAUAAACUUUCCCUCGGUUGAUUUCGUGUGCAGUGAAAUAUCGGUUAGAAUAAAAGCAAAUAAGCAAAAACUGCC